CAAAGGGGACUGAGUCGUGCUUGCCUAUCUUUCAAAGCAGUGUAAACUUUUUUUCGAAUUUUCCCGUGUAGUAUAUCUCACGUAACAAAUAUUGGAUCGUAAUUGAUUACCGCAGAAAUGGAUACGGAGAUUGAUCAGAAUCUGGAGCAGAUAACACGCGAAUAUGUUGAUUUUCUGGACGACAUGGAAGAUCAAGGCAUAUAUGCCACAAUGGUUAAGAAUAUGGUUCAGGAUAACAAAUACAGGCUGGUUGUAAAUAUUAAUGAUUUGAGGAGAAAAAAUUCUGUGCGUACGGCAAGCUUGUUAAAUAAUUCUUUUGAAGAACAACUGGCAUUUCAAAAUGCUCUAAAACAGUAUAUUUCGAGUAUAGAUAUUGAUUAUGCUAAGAGCAACAAAGAUUUCUUUGUAGCUUUUGAAGGUAGCUUUGGAAACAAACAUGUUACACCCAGAACACUUACCUCACAUUAUCUGGGUAACUUGGUAUGUAUGGAGGGUAUCGUCACAAAAUGCUCACUAGUACGACCAAAAGUUGUAAGAAGUGUCCAUUACUGUGAUGUGACAAAAACGGUCUUGGAGAGAGCAUAUUCGGAUCUAACUUCUUUGGAUGCCUUCCCACAUUCCGCAAUUUAUCCAACUACAGAUGAAGAUGGCAACCCGUUGGAAACAGAAUUUGGUUUGUCCACUUACAAAGAUCAUCAAACACUCACUAUACAAGAAAUGCCGGAGAAAGCUCCAGCUGGACAGCUACCAAGAAGCGUGGACGUGAUCUGCGACAACGAUUUAGUAGACUUGUGUAAGCCCGGAGAUCGAGUGCAAAUUGUUGGAAAUUACCGAUGUCUCCCAGGAAAGCAAGGUGGAUACACGACUGGCACUUUUAGAACUGUUCUAAUCGCCAACAAUGUGAUGCAAUUGAGCAAGGAAGCCAAUCUCGCGAUCUCCCACGACGACGUGGCCAUGUGCAAGAAGCUGGCGAAGAAUAAUCCCUGCAAAAAUAUUUUCGAGCUCCUUGCUAAAUCCCUCGCACCAUCCAUACAUGGCAAUGAGUACAUAAAAAAGGCGAUUCUUUGUCUUCUAUUAGGCGGGGUAGAGAAGAUUUUGCCAAAUGGUACGAGGCUGAGAGGGGACAUAAACGUGUUACUAAUUGGAGAUCCGUCAGUGGCCAAGUCACAACUUCUACGUUAUGUGUUGUGCACUGCUCCACGUGCAAUUCCAACCACCGGACGUGGAUCCUCUGGUGUCGGUUUGACGGCGGCGGUUACGGUCGAUCAGGAAACCGGCGAACGUAGGCUGGAAGCGGGCGCGAUGGUGUUGGCGGAUCGCGGUGUUAUUUGCAUCGAUGAGUUUGAUAAGAUGUCGGAUAUUGACAGGACAGCCAUACACGAGGUAAUGGAACAAGGCAGAAUCACGAUCGCCAAGGCGGGCAUUCACGCCAGUCUGAAUGCUCGGUGUUCGGUACUAGCGGCUGCAAAUCCUGUGUAUGGAAGGUAUGAUCAGUACAAAACACCUAUGGAGAACAUCGGCUUGCAAGAUUCUCUGCUGUCGCGUUUCGAUUUGCUCUUCGUUAUGUUAGACGUGAUCGAUUCGGAUCAGGAUCACGUAAUCAGCGAUCAUGUCGUCAGAAUGCAUCGAUAUAGAAAUCCUUUGGAGCAAGAUGGGGAGGCCUUGAGUUUAGGUUCCAAAUUGGAUAUGUUGACGACGAAGAAUCCGGAUGAUGUAGCUACUGAGGAGACACAGUCACAAGUUUAUCAGAAAUAUGAUCCACUUCUACAUGGACAAACGCGUUCUAAAAAUGACCAGAUCCUCACCAUACAGUUCAUGAGAAAGUACAUUCAUAUCGCACGAUGCAUGAAACCCAAACUCACAGAAGAAGCCAGUGCUGUUAUCGCGGAGGAAUAUUCGAAACUUCGAUCGGAAGAUAUGGUGGAAUACGACGUUGCGAGAACUCAACCAGUAACUGCGAGAACGUUGGAGACGUUAAUCAGAUUGUCGACGGCGCAUGCAAAAGCACGGCUUUCAAAGAACGUAGAAGAGGAGGAUGCGCACGCCGCGAUAGAGCUGGUGCAGUUUGCCUACUUCAAACGCGUCCUGGAGAAGGAAAAGAAGAAGCGACGACGUCGCGAUAGCGACGCUUCGGAAAAUGCAGACGAGAUUGACGAGACUAGACAGGCGAAACGCAGUAAAAAAACGAAAGAUUCGGACGAUCCGUAUGAAUAUGAUAGUGACGAGGCGUAUGAAGAAACGAGGAGAAUAACCAGAACGCAAUCACAAAAAAUCAGCACGCGCACGUCGCCGAGUCGCACAGAGACCGCGGAAAGCAUGGAAUCUGUCCCAGAAACAGCGACGCCGACGAUCUCACAGGAAAGACUUACAGUCUUCAAAUCAUCGCUUAACAAGUUAUGCCAAGAUCGAAGGAUUCAGACAGUUCCGCUGAGUGAAGUCACCAGUUACCUAAACACAACACAAUCUUUAAAUUUCACAAACGAGGAGAUCGACGCCGCCAUCAACGUCAUGACCGAAGCUAAUCAAAUUAUGGCUGCGGAAGGUAACAUCUUCUUAAUAUAAAAUCGUAUUGAUAUUUUAUAUUAUUUACUUUUUUUAUUUGA